GGACCUAUAUAUGCAUAAUGGAACCAACCAACAAUUUUUGGGAAAUUGAGAUAUCACCGCCAUCUUGAAGAGCUUGAAAGAAUUUAUACCCUGAUUUUUUUACUUUAACUGGCUUUGAAACUACAAAUGCAAAAAAAAUCAUGAAAAAACAUCAAAUGCUGUAUGUCGGAUUCAAUAUUAUGAAUAAGGGAACCAAGUGGCUUGGUUCUUUGUUUCAAAAUUCAGAGACUGGUUUUGUAAUAUGCAUAACAGAACCAACCAACUUGAUUCUCUUUGUUGUGUAGUCUUCAUCUUGAUCAGCUGUUUUGCAUACAGGAACCAAGUUUGAAGUUAGAUAAACCUGCUUGCAAUACAAUAAUAAUAGAGUAACAUAAAUGAUUGUUUUAUGUCUGUAUUGUGUCUAAGUGUUACAAAAUGGAUAUAAAGAGAAGAACUUUGUUAAUUAUGGAAAUGGCAAAAGUUCAAACCCCUGAUUCUUCUGAACCAGAUCAUGAGCCUACGUUAUUGGAAACUGAUCAGGAGUCGACAAAUAUACAACAAGAGCAUAGCUAUGUCUGCAAUGAUAGUCCUAUAUCACAUAAACCUACACAGAAUGAAGGAGAAAACGGUGUAGAUCUCAAUGAAAUGUUGGAAAAUAACAUGCCUGAUUUGGAUACAAGCUACCUGGAUAUUUCAAAAAUGGAAAUUGUGUACGACUUUCCAAAUAUUUCAUUUGAUACCAGCAAAUCACAAGAACCUAGUCUAACAGAUUCAAUAUUAGAUGAUGGUGAUAGUGUUCAAUUAUCUGGUGCUAUUGAAAUUACAGAUAAUAUUGGAAGAAUGAUGGUAGAAAAUGGAACUAACCAUGCACCAGAUGAUCUUAACUCUUUUCAUAUUGUUCCUCAUCUGGAAAUGGAAGAGCAUGAGAGUAUGCAAGAUGAUGACCCACUAAUUACUGGAAAUCAAAAUAAUUUAAUUAAUGUUGGUGAACUAAAUACUGAAGAACCGAACAUUGAGGAUCAAGUAGUCGAAGUAAUUGCUGAACCCCAGAUUGAUAACAACAGAGCAGAAGUAGUAGACGAAACGCCUAGCAUAACAGAUGAUAGCUCUUCUAGUGGUUCUGAUUUUGAAGAAAUUGACAGUUCAGGAAGACCAAAGAAAGGUAGGAAGAGAAAGUAUGCACAUCAAUCUAGAGAUAUCAGAAAAAAAAGGAAAAAUAGUAAUAAAAAAUACAUUUCUCAAACAGGAAAAGUUGUGUACCCUAAAAACUUCAGGGAUUUUCAUUGUGCUUGCAAGUGUAAUGAGAAAGUGUCACUUGAAGUAAGAAAAAGCACUUUUAAGAAAUUUUAUGAUUUGGGGGGACUAUAA